UUUCAAACGAAAUCGGUGCGGGGAGAGGCCGGAGACCGCGGCCUCUGCUGAGGGGAGAGGCCGGAGACCGCGGCCUCUGGUGAGGGGAGAGGCCGGAGACCGCGGCCUCUGGUGAGGGGAGAGGCCGGAGACCGCGGCGUCUCGUGAGGGGAGAGGCCGGAGACCGAUGCGAGGCCCGCACUCACAGGCCUGGAGCUCCGACCAGCCAUCGCGGUUGCGGUACCCGCAGGUAAUACAGUGAAGCAGGAUGGAUGAGGGAACUCGGAGCCAGUUUCAGCGCUUAGCUGAUCAACUAGGUUGGUUACAGCACAAAGAUCUGAAUGCCAUUGAAGAAAAGCUUCACCAAAGUGUUGUGAGGUCUAGGAGGCCACCAUCUGACUCUUGUAAACAUCCAGCAUUGUCGCUGCAGCUAAACUCCAGUGGGAGUCCCAGCGACUGCCACUCGUGUGCACAGGAACUGGUGCUGACCAGCUCCGAAGAUGAGUCUGAAUUGAGACAGGAGGAAAGUAAAACAGAGGCAAUGAAAGGGAAAUCGGAUUGGGAUCUACAGAAUCCUGAUGGGAUCGUGACCAUCUCAGACUCCAGUGAUGAUGAAAGCUUUGAAAUCUUUAUAUUCAGGGCUUUGUUUACAAUUUGUUUCCUGGUUUCUGGUUCAGUUCUGAAUCAGAUGAAGACACCCAAGUCAGGAGCAACUGCCAGGAUUUGCCAGAAAACUCCAAGGUCCAAAAGUGUACCUGAGAUCAUCUCAGAUUCCAGUGGGGAUGAAGAGUUUGAGAAGUUUCUGAUUCAGGCAAAGACCCCACGCGGCCGGGCACAUUAUUUCAAUGUUCAGAAGAAGGAUAACAGUCUUAAGGAUUUUAUAGUGAGUGAUGACGUGUUGCUGGAUGGUUCAGAUGGAGCUGAUAGUGGGAAUGAUGGAAAGAAGCACAAUACUGCCUGCCAACAACCUGAUUGCAGCAAAAAGGGACACAAGUUGACAUAUAACUUUUCUGUGGAAACUGCCUGCUCGAGCAACCCCUCAGUGGAGAGAUUAGAGUUGUCAAAUGAUAGUGAUGAUGGUUUUAUCGCAAGCACAUGGAGAGACCAGGUGCUGGAAAAGAGGCUGCGUAAGAAGGGUGAUGAGAAGCAGUGUGCUCAUGAUCAGCCCAAGUCAGGGUCAAUUUCUUUUGCGGUGUCAGAAGACUCCUACAGUUCUAGCAAGUGGAACGCAGAAGAUACUCGGCAGCCGAGACCGUUGGUUGAUACUGCUGAUUCCUCAAGCGAUGAGUUUGAGUCACUAUUGGAAAGAAUAAAAAAUAAAAUCAAAAUUACAUCAACUCCGGCUUCAAUUUUGAGCCACUCCAGCAUAAAGAAAACCACUUCCACUGCGCCAGUGGAAAGGAAACCCUCUAAUAAAAUAUUGGGAGUCUUGCAAAGGCCUAGAGGCAGAAAGAACUCUUCUCCAAAUUCCAUCCAGCUAUCUGUACCAAUAAGAGAAGUUCUGUCUGAGCUCACUCCAAGCCAAGUUGCAGGGCCUAAACUUCCAAGUCUCUCGGAUCCACGAGGCCAACAUGAAGUGUACAAUCAAUUUCCCACAUGCCAUAUUCCUGGCUGUUUCCUUCAAGACCUGACUCUGAGCUCAUCAAAGUAUGUAAAGAAAUUUAAACAAAAUCAGGAAGAGCUGAUCCAAAAACUCUACACUUUAUACAACUGGAGCGUUUUUGAGCAGAAGCUUCCAGAGAAGAUGGAGAUAAAUUGGAAUAAGAAAAUGCGGAAAACAGCUGGUUAUUGUGUUACUGGACAGAAACGAGAGAAUGGUCUUCAUCGCUAUGCUAGAGUUGAGUUGUCAGAGAAAGUGUGCGAUUCUGCUGAGCGCCUGCGGGACACCUUGAUUCACGAGCUGUGCCAUGCUGCCACCUGGCUUAUUAAUGGUGUUCGUGAUGGACAUGGUCGUUUCUGGCAGUUGUACGCCAAGAAAUCUAUUGUGGUUCAUCCUGAAUUACCUAUGGUUACACGCUGUCACACCUAUAAAAUAAACUACAAGUACACAUACCAGUGUAGCAAGUGCAAAAACAUGAUCGGCCGGCAUUCCAAGUCUCUGGACACACAGCGCUUUGCUUGUGCUCUGUGCACAGGGGUUUUAGUGCUCUUGCCUGCUAUGAAGAAAGAUGGUACACCUGCAAAAAAGGAACUAACUCCAUUUGCUAAGUUUGUGAAAGAAAACUAUGGUUCAGCCAAGAAGGAUCUUGCCCACACAAGGCUCACGCAUGCUGAGGUCAUGAGGAAACUAAGUGCAGAUUUUACUUCAAAAGCCAAAGUUGUUGACUUUUAAAUUUGGCCUCAAAUUUUAUUGUGAUGCGAGGAGUUUCCUUUUAUUCUCCUGUGUGUGGGAUUACAAGACAUUAACACAGAAAUGUUUUCUAUUGAUAUUCUUGGUGAUAAUUUGCUGUUCCAUUUUUUGUUUAGUUUCUGUGUGAUCAAAUUUAUUAAGUGUUUUGUUGAAACCUAAGUGUCCUUGAGUGCGAGUUAUACUGGUUUUGACUUUGUCAUUUGAGAAUUCACUUUUCAGCGUUCCCCCAUAUUUCCAGGAACAAUAUAAAUUGUAAACUCUUAAUUUUAAAUUAGGUGAACAGUGGAUUACUUUUCAAAUUUCUGUACCUACGAAGGAAAUGUUUAAUAUAAAUCAUACUCUUCCCUUUACAUAACAUGUGAGGUGGUUCAGGUGGCCGUGCAGUCAUUCAACUUUGUUUCAUGCAUAACACAUAGUGUUAUUGCAACCUGAACCACCCACACAUUAUGUAAAGGGAAGAAUAUGAUUUAUAUUAAACAUUUAUGGUGUUGGCCUGGCUCAAUUGACAGUACUCUCGCCUUUUCAGUCUAAAGGAUAAGAGUUGAUGCCCCACAUCAAGAAUUUGAAAUUAUGUGACAUUACAAUACAAUUUUGGAGAAGUGUUAUAAUGUCUCAUCUUGUAUGUUCUUGUUCCAAGUCCGGCCACGUGAACCUACAAAAUAGUCAGCACACUGUACAGUAGAUCCUGUGAAGCAAUUUGAGAAGUUUUGAUGUGAUAAGGAAUUAUAUAUCCAUUGGAUAUUAUAGUUCGGCUUGAUCAUAUUGUUUUACUGGAUCCACAUUCUGAUACUUUUUCUUUUAAAAGAGUUUCUGACCUUUUAUUAUCGUAUUUCGUUUUGUGACCUGGAUCAAACCUGUGAAUGUUUUUCACUGUUGAUUGGUGUGAAGAUCAAGACACUUGAAGCUGGGAAUAGGGUGUGAAGUCCAUCUUUUUUCUGGACGAGAUGGUGCCGCGAUUAUUAGUUUGACACAAUCAAUAUUUACAACAGACUUGAAUGCUUUUUGCAGAAGGCGUCAGGGUCAGCGC